CACGGCUUCAGUGAUAUCUAUCUCAGGAUUUGACAGUUGUCAAAAACUGGUUUUUGAUGUUUGUAUUCUUCUCUUCAGUUCCACUUUUUUAAUUGAUUUCUGGCAAGGUUCAAGGACGUGGAUUUAAUUCAAUAACAAAUAAUGGCCUUAUCAAGACUUUCUAAAACCCACAGUCGUAUGACUGCUGGUAUUAAAUCGGUGUUGAAAGUAUACAAGGAAUCUUUUGCUCCUCAAAUUGCAACUAUGGCUGAUUACAGAAUUGAAAAGGAUACUUUUGGAGAAUUGAAGGUUCCAUCAAAUCGAUACUAUGGGGCUCAAACUGUUAGAUCAACAAUUAAUUUUCCCAUUGGGGGUGAAUUUGAAAGAAUGCCGUAUCCAGUUAUAACAGCAAUGGGAAUAUUAAAGAAAGCUGCAGCAAUUGUUAACAAAGAAUAUGGCCUUGAUGCCAAAAUAGCAGAUGCCAUUUCGCAAGCCGCUGAUGAGGUCAUUUCAGGAAAACUUUACUGUGACCACUUUCCUCUUGUUAUCUGGCAAACUGGUUCUGGAACUCAAACGAAUAUGAACACGAACGAGGUUAUAAGCAAUAGAGCAAUAGAACUUCUUGGAGGUAAAUUGGGUUCGAAAGAUCCAGUCCAUCCUAAUGACCAUGUAAACAAGAGUCAAAGCAGCAACGAUACAUUUCCCACUGCAAUGCACAUAGCUGUAGCUAUGGAAGUAGAACACACCCUGUUACCAGGUAUGACAACGCUGACAGAAGCCCUUGACAAAAAAGCUAAAGAAUUUGCUAAUAUUAUCAAAAUUGGGCGAACGCACACUCAAGAUGCAGUUCCUUUGACCCUAGGACAAGAAUUCAGCGGAUAUGUACAACAAAUGCAGUUUGGUAUCGACAGAAUUAAGGCUACCUUACCGAGGUUGUAUAUGCUGGCAAUAGGUGGUACUGCUGUUGGUACUGGUUUGAAUACUAGAAAAGGCUUUGCAGAAAAAUGUGCCGCCAAGAUUUCUGAGUUGACUGGUUUACCAUUUACUUCAGCACCAAAUAAAUUUGAAGCACUUGCCGCACACGAUGCAUUGGUGGAAGUUUCGGGAUCUCUCAAUGUUGUAGCGUGCUCUUUGAUGAAAAUCGCCAAUGAUAUCAGAUUUUUAGCCUCUGGACCAAGGUGUGGUUUAGGAGAAUUAUCUCUUCCUGAAAAUGAACCAGGAAGCUCCAUUAUGCCAGGAAAAGUAAAUCCAACCCAGUGUGAAGCCAUCACAAUGGUGGCAGCUCAGGUUAUGGGUAAUCAUGUUGCUGUAACAAUAGGAGGCUCGAAUGGCCAUUUUGAACUCAAUGUAUUCAAACCAAUGAUGGUAGCAAAUGUUCUCAGAUCAAUCAGAUUGUUAGGUGAUAGUACAAAGGCCUUCACAACGAACUGCGUUGAAGGCAUCAAAGCUAAUGAGGACAGAAUCGAUAAACUACUUCACGAAAGUCUUAUGUUAGUUACUGCCCUAAAUCCCCAUAUUGGUUACGAUAAAGCUGCAACGAUAGCGAAAACUGCACAUAAAGAAAAUUCUACAUUGAAAGCUACUGCUAUAAAAUUAGGGUAUCUUACCGAGGAACAGUUCAAUCAGUGGGUGAAACCAGAAGAGAUGCUUGGACCUAAAUGAAUGGAUUGACGGAUCUGAAUGUUAUAUAUUUUUAAUUAUUGUUUUGUUUGAUAUGUAUUUUGUUUUUAAGAAAAAUAUUGUCCUAUGAUAUAAAUCAUGAACAAAAAAUGUUUGUACUGAUGAAUCAUUAUAGUGUACAUCGUGAUAAGACAACUAGAUUGAAACCUUUUUCAAUAUAUUUGAAACUUGGGAAAGAAA